AAAUUCACCAUCAUGAGCUACUCACAUCCUUGCAAAAAGAUUGUGGAUGCCAGUGAUCUAUCAGCCUUCCGGCGGUCAAUUGCAUACCUGAAUAUCCAGGAAGCAAUCCAUUCUAUCUUAGUACUUGUCAAGUCGCAUGAGCUCCCGCGAGGCAUAUUGAACUUGAAAUUGGUCUCAGCCCUCAAAUGUGAGCACGCAACAGAAACAUACACUAUUCAAUGUCCCAAUGGCCAGCGAGUUCUCAACCUGCUAGCAUACUUCGACCUGGUCAUUGAAAACUUUCCGCCACUCCCAGGCCCACGUCGAUUUGGUAACUAUGCGUUUAGGGAUUGGUAUGGCCAACUUGAAGAUUCUGCCGCUGGAAAACUACAGGAAUUAGACAUCCUCAACACAAACAAAGCCGGGUUCUUGCUGGAAUUGAGCUACUAUUUCGUGGCAGCGUUCGGCUCUGGUAUAAGAUUGGACUUUGGCACCGGCCAUGAGUUGUCGUUUGUUGCGUUUAUUGGAUCACUCCUCAAGGCUGACGCUCUCAAAAAUAUAACGGGCCAGGAUAUCCUUGUAAUUUUCGCCAGGUACUACGACUUGGUCAGGCGACUUAUAUUGACGUACAGCUUGGAACCGGCCGGCUCCCAUGGUGUGUGGGGGUUGGAUGACCAUUUCCAUUUCAUCUAUAUAUUGGGAGCUGCUCAGUUCAACGAACCCGUUUCCAGAUAUGCUCCUCCAGUGAGCCAGUGUCUCAAUGAGGGAACGAUCUCCGAGUUCCUUGACACCAAUCUCUACAUCAAUGCUUUGGCAUUUAUCCAGAAGAUCAAAUCGGGGCCGUUCAAGAAUCAUUCUCCACUUAUCUAUGACAUCCACACGUCGGUGACGCUCUGGAAGAAGGUUCUUUCGGGUCUUUUAAAGAUGUAUGACGUGGAGGUGCUUGGGAAGUUUCCUGUAGUGCAACACUUUUGGUUUGGUGGUGUGUUGUAUCCUUGGAAGGAUGAGAAUUUGAAAGAUUUGCCAGUGAAGCAGGAGGCAGAGAAGGAGAAGGAGAAUGUGCCGACAAAAGUGCUACCAGGAGUACCGUCAACAGGAGUGUCAACCGGAGCACCAGCACCUUUUUCUUCCACAAAUAUUUCUACAUCUACCUCAACGCCACCUUCUUCGUCCGGCACUGCUCCCACGCGAAUGCCACCACCUCGUAUGCCGCCCGGCUCUCGCAACUGAAUAUGUACAUUAGUCUAUUUUCUGAAAUUAAAAGUCGAUCUACACAACGGACAAGUACUGCUUCCGCUACUCUUAAACCAUUUGUAUAGGCACGCGGCGUGGAACUUGUUGUUACAUGUAGAGCAGUUUUUGGAUGGCAACGAGUGGUCUUGGUGUAAAAUCGAGUAGCAGAUAGCACACUCUUCGAACCCUGAAAAGUGCAAGUCGACGUUCUUCUUGAACACUUCCACCGCUUCAAUGAUGGACCCGUUGGUUAGGGAGAUCACUCUUUGCGAAGACAACAACCAUGCUCUCCACUGGUUCUCCUUCAAGCCCACACGUUUAGGACCCUCCACCACGACGCUCUCCAAUGGGAAGUUCGUAGGAAUUUUGAUAACCAUCACCAUUGUCUGCUCAUCAAUUUCAAACACACAUCUGACCUCGUUGAUAACCUUAUUGAUCUUGAGCGACAUCACGUCCGUCACAAGUUUACUCUUUCCAUGCUCGACCUGUUCUAACAUCGUGCUCACCAAGAGCUUAGAUAUGUUUUUGGCGGUAAAUUUGUCAAUGUCUUGCUUCAUCUGAACGUUUCGCAACUCGUUGAACCACAAUUGCACCUCACUUCCCAAAAAGUUACACGCAAAGUAGAACACAUUCAACAACAUGGUAUCUCUAUCAUCCAAGUCGAAGGUCUGGAACUGGUCUACAAUCUUUAUGUGGUCGAUUUCUACCACAAGAAACAAAUAGUCAAGAAGUUUCGGAAGAGUUUGGUUGCUUCUGAUCUGGUUGACAUAUUGGUUGCGAAUCGAGUAGUUUAUGUCCUUGAAGUGCACGAACACCAAAUACCAGCAAAUAAGAUAGGUGGCCAGGUCAGUUUCGGAGGCCAGAUCAAGGUUGGUUUCGUCCAAGACCUUCAACAACAGUGGCGGAAGCUUGAUAUCUUGUUCCUCCGCAUCUUUUUGGAACUGGUAGUUGAUCACCAAAUCUUGCUGCUUGUGAGUGAUUUCUUCCUCGAGAAACCGCAAACAGAUCUUCUUGAUCUGUAAAAACUUGCUGUGAAAAACCAAGUCGUAAAGCUGUUGCAACUGCUUGUCACUAAAGUCUUUGAAGUGCAAUUUGUCGAAACACCUCUCCAAGACAUCGUGGCACAUAUGAACGGCCAUGUUGUGGACCUCAUUGUCAUGCUUGUUGAGCUCGUCGUUGAACAAAAUGUCCAACAAGUUGUCUUUGUUUGGAAUCUCAUGAACUGUUAAGUACCGCAACGUGAAGUAGGUCAACUCAUAAUGCCUCUCAAGCUGCACAAUUGCGAAGUUAUCUUCGAUGACUCUAUCAACAAGGUCUUCUUUGUUGUCUGCUUCCACCAGUCCCAAGAACUUGACAAGCUGACUUCGAACUGCGUUAAACGAAUCAUCGUAGCUGAUAUCACUAUCCAACCACUUUUCAAAUUGCUUGAGAAUCAAGUUCAACCGGUGAGGAGGUAUUGCUGCCCAGUCGGGGGUUUGGGCGUUCAAGAAAUUGAUACUCA